GAAUAUCAGUAGGGACAGCAAAACGACAAAAAUGGAAUGCAUCACCAUAAAUCAUUUUUAAUUCAUAGAUAUUUUGAAACUUAGAUUCUCAUUUUGAAAAAUGUUUUUUUUUCUUCUCUUUAACAUGGUAGCAGAUGAGUGUAGUUGGUGUGUGUUAAUGCAACAUAGUCACUGUUUUUAAGACUCUGUAUAAGCCACUUUAAGGGUCAACAAUUUCUUAGCACUAAAGCCAAGAGACCAAAAAGACUAAAACAAUGAUGCACUCAUUCAAGUGUGAUGUGUGACUCAGUCUCUGAUUCCUCUCCAAAUUCAUCCAACUUCCAAGGUCUUUCUCUCUCUUCUUCCUUGUUUUUUUCCUUUUCCACUUUGCUUUCUUUCUUCUUUCAUUUGCAAUUUCAUGACAUGCCCUGAAUCAUUAAAAGGGUAGUUUUUGAAGUUUAGGAUGAUGGAACAAAUCUUAGAUAGAUGAUUUCUCAAUUCUAUUUAUCUUUCUGUUUUCUUUUUCGAAGUCAAGGGAAUAUUGUUCCAAGAGGUCAGAAAACAAUGAAUUGUUCAUCAUGGGGGACUUCAGAAUCCAGAAGUUUGAGCUUAGAAGUGGAUUUUCUGCCACAACAAUGCCACAAGAGCAAAACAUUGAGCUUUCAAUUCCAAGAACAGGAUUCAUCUUCGAUUCAUUCGGGUCAAUCUUCUACCGUUGAAAUGUCUGUUCAGCAUAGUUCUAUUGGUUCAACACUUGGCACAACCGAGGGAUGUGUCAUCAGGUCAUUUAUGCAGAAUCAGGAUUUCACCUUCCCUCCUCCACUACUGGAUCAAAGCCAAACACUUGCUCACUAUGCUGAUCCAGGCUAUAACAUAUAAAAUCUGAAUGUGUGCACAUGAAUCCGCCUAAUGUAGAAUAGCUAAAUGUAUACUUAAAGGUAAAAUCUGAAUGUAUGCACAUGAAUCUAAAACUAACAUAUUUUGCUACUUCUAGAAUAGGGACUAAGUGCAAAAUUUAAAAUGGUAUGUAGAAAUAUAUGGAUGAAUGCGUAUGCAAGUCUAGAAUGACUAAUAUGAAUGGAUUAUGAAGCCAAAUCACAGCAGAACAGUGCAGACUUCAAAGUUUAAAUGCAUGUAAAAAGUCUC